UGGCAUUUCAUUAAUUUGCUUAUUUAUUUCAUUUUAAUUACAUCUUUAUUUCAUUUUAAUUUAAUUCUACAAAUUUACUUUAUUUCAUGUUUUACUAUUAUAUACUACUAGAUGUAGUUUAAUUUGAGAUUAUACCUGACAUUAAUCGAUACAAGGGACAUUAUCCGGUGAUUUUUUUUUUAUUGUUUUCUUACUAUAUCAUGAUUAUUAUAGAUUACGCUUCGAUUUGGAAAUUGACAGUAACAUGGUUUUUUGAUCCAGUACAAUUGAUGGAAAUGAUCGACUUUUUUUUACACAUUGGCAUAAUUCUAUACCGUCUCUAGCUAACUCGAGUAUCGUAUACGUUUAAGCAAAAAAAGAAUGCAAAAUGCUACAGUUAAAGCCCGUGCCUAUUUCCCAAUUGUAAUCCAGUUUUGCGACAUUUCAAAGAAUGUUGGAGUUGUAUUAAUAUCUUAUUUGCUAUCCUUAAAGAGUUGUUCUUUGAAUAUGCAACACCUUGCAAGGGCGUUGCAUUAUCUCCUUAAAAUUACUGACGCACGUUCUAACAUUUCGUGUACCCUGGACAAUUAGUAUGACUUAUGUGAAGCACGCUACUUCAAAGAAGGAGUUUUCUUCCUCCUAAUAACACAACAAACGAGGUGUGAAGCGGAGAGAGUGGGUGUAAAACGGAGUCAGUUUUUCUUUGCAAGCGAUGAAGUAGGAGUUAUGCAUUUCUAAUGACAGAGACUCGAUGGCCCACAAAGGAGGAUUAGAUCAACAAAUAUUCGGAUAGAAAGGGGCACUUCUACAUCUUCGAUAUUGUUGACGAGUGUUGUUGUCCGUUAUUCAGGCUCUUAAUUCAACAGUAAUUCUGCGGGCCUUUGUAUGCUGUCAGAAAUAGAAGCAGAUAAGGGGAACGGGGACAAAGCAUCAAUGCAUCGGGUUCAGGAUAAUAUCGGGUUGAAGGUUUUGUUUUGUGAGGAGGCAACGGAAUCAGACAGCGUACUUUCUCGUCUUGGGUAUUAUGUUUGGUCACUGUAGCGAGCCCUGGACCGUAAGUUAUCGAUCAGCGAUGCUCAACUUAAAUUCUCGCUCGGCCACAGUAGAUCAGCGGAGAAAGUUCGACUGACGAAGAGCGCACGACGUACGCAUUGUGCCUUUAAGCUGUGUAGAUAGCUGAAGCCUACCGUCAUUUAGUGGGGAGAGUCAAUGGUGUCAUCUUAACGUAUACCGACUCCUUUUGGAGGCUAAAUUAGUUUUCUCGCAGUGAGUAAACUAUCCUGCGUUCAGGUACGGGAAUAGCGGAUUUCAGUGUCCCGUAAAUGAAAUUGCAACCAGGAAACAAGAUGUGAGCAGGAAGAGACAGUUUUGAUAUGAAAUACAAACUAUUAUGGCUUCUGAUGGCAUGAUAGGCGAACCCACACCUGCGGUCGUUACACCUUUGUAUGGUAGCGGCACUUACCAACCAAACACGGAAACAUUAUCUUGGGAAUAUUGGACAAACUCGAGUGGAAAUGAAACCGAAUCAAAUGGGGUGCACAUCAUAUUCGGACCCUUGGCUGCUGUAGGCAUAAUUACUAUAUACUCCAUCAUCAUAAUUGGAACUAUCCUGGGCAAUCUGCUCGUUUUAACAUCGGUGUGUCUUGAGAAAAAGCUGCGGAGCCCCCCAAAUAUCUUGAUCAUUAAUCUCGCCGUGGCCGAUAUCCUCGUCGCCGUCCUUGUCAUGCCUCUUGCAGCAUCUUAUGACCUCAGUGGACAGUGGAUAUUUAGCCAAGCUCUCUGUGAUAUGUUUAUAUGUUUUGAUGUGACAUGCUGCACAGCGUCUAUCGUUGAUCUCUGCGUAAUUUCUGUUGACCGUUACCUUGCCAUCUCAAGACCAUUUCGUUACGCCAGGCAUCGAACCACCAGACUGAUGCUCGGUCUAGUGGCCGGUGUAUGGACUAUCAGCGCUUUCAUCUCUUUCUCGCCUCUUCUAAUAUUUCAAAAUGAACACACUGCAAAACACUGUUUACUCUCGCAAGAUCCUAUUUACACUAUUUAUUCGACUUUAACUGCAUUCUAUGUGCCGUUGUUGAUAAUGGUUGUGGUAUACUAUAAAAUAUAUCGUGCAGCUGGGGAGAUAGAAAGAAGAGAACUCCAGAGGCGGCCAAGCACGCCCGCGUUAUUACCCAGAGGGUCGGUUAGAUCAGGUAGCAUUUCCAGCGAAGGCGACUCCUCCUUGAAUCCUUCCAAGGAACUUCGCCGGAAAUCCUCCAUCGUCCGCUUCACAGAAUAUAUCCGCAGUGCGUCGAGGAACUCCCUCGCGUCUGUCCAAGGCGGGAAGAAUAAAAUCUCGGUGAAGUUGGAACGAAAAGCGUCGAAAACUCUGGGUAUCAUCAUGGGUGCGUUUGUCAUCUGCUGGCUACCGUUCUUCAUUCUUGCCAUCGCGCGUGUGUUCUGCAAUUGUGUCAUCCCACAAGCCUUGCACGGCACCCUUGUGUGGCUUGGAUACGUGAACUGCAUGCUCAAUCCCAUCAUCUAUCCUUUCUUUAACAAGGAUUUUGGGCCAGCAUAUCGUAAAAUGCUUUCUUACUGCUGUUGCAGACUUUGUCCCGGUCGUCGGAAUUAUACAGCAAAUAAUCGCAGGUUUACACCUGUACGGCGGCAAUCGUUUGUCACCCACCCAGUGAUUCCCCCAGAGCUUCACGUCAUUGCCGAAGACAGUCAUGACGAAGAGCCGCAGGAAAAUGGAAACAAAAGUCAAAUGAAUUGUAGAAAAGACAUGGAUGGGAUCAAGUAUAAUUCAGUACACCUUGACAAAUUGAAUGGCAACAGCAAAGAUAAAGACAACCUUAAUGAAAUCACUGCUACACAUGUAUAAUAUCGAAACUAAAUGCAUCUAAGCAUAUACCCCAUUCAAGGAAUAUCGAUAAUUUGCAUUCGAGAGAUUGGGGAUUAUAUUCCUUUCAUAACCAUUUACAAGGAUAUAUCUCUUGGCUGGAAGGACAUACUCUCAUAUUGGAUUCCUCAAUCCGUCCAUUUUUACUCCAGGUCUUUGGUGAUGUAAACAAACUUAUCAACACGACUCAAAUAUCAAGUGGCGUAAAUGAAGCAAGGCCCCGGCUUCGGAAAUACUAGUGUUCAAUUGUAUAGGCUUGUCUGUUAAACGAGAAGGUCAAUUUACUCUUGUCACACAAAGUAAACAAGACCAGGGCAGUGCUUUGCUGCCGAGUUUAUUCCAACAAAAGUGAAUUAAGAAAAAGGUGUUAUAGACAUGAAUAAUAUUAUCAUUACAUCUUUGAAUAAUCAAACAAUGGCAUGUGGCCCAAAUACUACUUAAUAAUGUGCAUAAAUACUUCAUUGAUUGUUCAACAUAGCGCCGCGUAAGUGACACGACCUCGUUGAUGGUAUUCGAUUAUUCUCGUUAAUUUGCUGAUCCAGACCGCUUCAGCAUAUUUUCAUCGUGACCGAGGAUGUAUCCAGCUCAGUUGGAGUAUAGGCCUUGUUGACGAGGUAUAUCAAAAUGAGCAAUCGUUACGGGAAUCUAGCAGUAAACCUUAAGUGGAGUUUUUUAAAUGCUUUGCUCGAUGUAUUCAUUUGCUCGUCAAAGAAACGUAAUUACCUAACUGAUUCUCAGGGUAUUUAUCUACAUUUCAAUGACUACUUCAAUAUUCAUUAUUUUGGCGCCGCUCAAAAUCUGGAUUAGGCUGUAUGUCGUCUUACCUUCACAAUUGACGACAUACAAAAUGUUGGGAUGUCAUUUUCAUUAAGGUAGUCGGUCUAGAGUAUAUUUCGGCGGUGUGGUAUUAUGUUCUGCUAAACACUUCGGAUGCCCUUAAAGAUUUGGCCUUCUCUCAUGCAAACGAGAAAGCCCUAAUGCAUUAUGUUUUGCCUACCCUUAUAAAUAUAGUAUUAUAUUGUAUGACAUGAAUAAACACAAAUGAAAGGUGCUAGAGUCAAGAGAUACGCAAAAUCCCCGCCUGCUACAUGUAUCUGUAAUUUCUUUACGUAUUUUGUUUUCCCUGAAAGAAGAAACGCUAUUGAAUGAAUAGAAGGGGGUUGAGUUUAGACGCUGUUGUACAAUAUAUACAAAACUGAGAAUUUUCUAUUCGUUUGACUUUUUGGCCAUGGUCUAAUUCUUUUCAAAAAUGUUCAUUCCUAAAGAUUUGUGUUGAAUAAGAAUUAUCUAUUGUUAUUCUCAAUUUCUCAGAAAGUCAUGACUGAAUAUAAGUGAGAUACUAACAAGACCAUUACUUAAAGAUUGUGCUACGAUUAGCUAUCUAUAGUUAAACCUGGUUUUAUAUUUAACCUGAGUUCAGAAUACGGAGAGAGGAUCUUAAAAUCUCUACUGAAGAGAGAGAGAAAUGUGUCUAAAUUUGGAAAGCAGAAAUGUUCAUGAUUAUGUUGAAUUGUUGAUGUUUACCUCAUUACUUAUUGCUGUCAAUCGAGAACAUUUUCUAUUUUCCAAAUGUUUAUGUCUUUCACAAAAUUAUACUAGUAUUCUUUGGUCAACAAACAUGUUUUUGAAUAAUUGUUCUUGGAAUAUGAUAUUCGUGGUUCACGUUGAGGACAAAUAAAAAACAAUGCGUGUCACUCAAAUUUACUAUUUUCAUUUAUCCUCCAAGAGGAAUAAUUAAUUAAACCUUAAGCCAGAUAUACAGCGCUUCUAGAGAUUCGUAUCAUAUCAGUGUUUCAUUAUUAUUAUUUUCUUCGGAUGGCGUAAGGACAUCAGGGGAGUGUUUCAUCAACAUUUUCAUCCGACAACUUUCCUCAAUAUGGGGCUUUGAAGCACAGUUCCUAUGGUAACCAUGGUAACUGUCGGAUAAAACAAGACUUGUCGGAUAAAACGUCUACCCCUUUCAUAAACCCAAUAAAACCCAAUUAUGCGGCUAAUAGCAGCAUAAUUUGGUCGUAAAAUCAGAGGAGGACAAGAGUUAUCCGCAUUAUUCUGAUGCUGCUAUUAUCCGCAUAAUAGCGGCAUCGGGACAAGAUUUUGAGUUUAUGAACAUAUUUCCAAAUAAUGCGGAUAAUUGCCAUGGUGCAGUCACAAGGUCACCCUUUUCCAACACAACCGCAUCGGAGGGGGCGUGUCCAGUUGUCAUGACGAUUAUCCGCCUUUUUCAGGACGGGCGCUCGUAAAAAUAAUGCGGAUAAUUUUCGGAGUUUGUGAACGCAAUUUUUAUUGAAUUAUCCGCAUUACUCUUAGGCGGCUAAUUGGAGGAUAGGUUUUAUUGGGUUUAUGAAAGGGGUAUGACAAGUCCUCUCAUGAAACGCUCCCCAGAGCGUACAUCAAAAAAAUGCCUUGACAAGCCUUGACACCAAUAAUUGAUUGACGACGUCAAUACUUUAUCUGCUAAUAGGCCUAUAUAGGCCUACGAUCUAAAUCAUCGAAUCACUGGGAAGCUAUUCGUGUUUGGGAUAUAUAAAACCUCACGGAAGUGAGAUACGCUUAUCAUGUUCUGUAUCUGUCACAGCACUUUUUAUUUCCAUUCUCAUGAGGAUUCAAAUUAUACUAUGCGCAGUGUACAACUUACAUUGCAUAAAGUGAUGAUAAUGAUGAUAAAAAUAAUCGUACUGAUAAUUAUAAUGAUACUGAUGACGAUGAUUAUAUCAAUGGUAAUAACGAUAAUAGUAAUGUUGGUAAUGAUAAUAAUAAUAAUGAAGUCACGAAGUUACAAUGAUAGUAAUAAUGAACAAUGAUAAAAAGAUAAUAAUAAUAAUAUUAAUAGUAAUAAUGAAAGUAAAACUAACAAAUUUCAUGAAACUGUUCACAUAAUAACAAACUUAAUUUUGUUAUGUGAUGUUAUUCUAGAAAUAGGGCGCCAUUUUUGUGCACAUUUUACAAUUUUAAUAUACACUUAGUAAUUCACCACUUCAUUCAACAUUCAAAUCGUUCAAAUCAAAGGAAUAAAUAUACACACAUAGAACAAAGAAUGCACAGGACAUAUCUGAGUAAGAACAAGCAGGGUAUAUAUAAAUAACAUUGAUUACGAUAACAAAAUUGCAUAUACAAUACCUUACUGUAAUUACCAGGAGUUGAAAAUACAUAAACAAACAUAAAAAAUAAAGAGCUACUGUAUAGAAAGGGAAAAAUUGUGCUAAACAAUUGAGAAAAGGAGAGGCAAUAACAUAUUUAACUGAGGAAAUGUUACAUACAUAGGUGGGAACGACAAAAUGACUGUGCAUGAUUAUACCCCGAAACAAUUAAUUCGCAAGUUUAGAGCAUUUUGUUUUUGUAUCUCAUAAAUUCAAGUUUUUGCCAUGAACAUGUCAUUAUUAUAUAAGGGGGCAAAUUUUUGAGGUCAUUAGUCAUCUAAUAGUUAUAAAUCACACCUGCUCUCUCAUAUAAUACAACUUAACCAGGCUGUUAUGAAGUAGGCCUAUAAUGGGAAUUGUUUUUUCGAUGUCCGUCUGGCAGUUACUACUUAUUUACCCAGGUAGACAUUGUAAGUCCUAUAAUUCCACCAUCAUCCACAUCACAUCUACGUUAUGUUUGAUCAUAUCUGGGGCCCGUUUCAUAAAAGACUUGUAUACCUGUUGUAACGUUGCCAUUAUAGCAACUACCAUGAUAACCUUGAUUUUGAUUGGCUGCUGAACCCUGUUGCCAUAGUAGUUGACAUUAUGGCAAAGGUACAACAGUUGCAUGUCCUUUAUGAAACGGGCCCUUGGUUCUAUUUUAUUCAAUCCCAAGAGAGGCUUUUAUUUCCUGUAGGAUUACAACGAUAAUAUUGAGAGGAAGUUUAACAUGUAGGUCUAUGGUUCUAUGGUAGAGCCUGGUGUUGUGGUUCAGUGGAUAAGUCUCCGGAUUUUGAACCACAAGGUCCGGGGUUCAAAUCUGUUUCUGUUUCUGUUUAUGGUGACUCGGCAGGACAGCAUUUUUGCUGGUAAACGCCAAUCUGGUAUAUAACCAAUUACCUAGGAAACAUUUUUACGUCUAGGUUAAUCAGUCAUAGUGGCUGACCUUAUAGACGACAUAUAUUACACUCGGGCCUUUUUAUCAAAGUGGAGACAAUGGCAGAGUGAGGAUUCGAACUCACUACCUUGUGAUUAUAAGUCCAAUGCUCUAACCACUGGACCACACGACACGACCGCAGUACUCGUGUCCUUUGGCAAGGCGUUUAUCUACACUUGCCACACUUCACCCAGGUGUAGUAAAUGGGUAUCCGGUAAGAAGGAAUUCCUUGAAUGCUCGAGCGGUAGCCGGGGUAAUAUAUAUGCAUUGCCUAGAAACAUUUGUAUUAAGCGCUAUAUAAAUAAUGCAUAUUUUUUGUUUUUCUUAAUAACAAUAAUAAUAUACAGUUCUUGUAUAGCGCAUAUCACAAUUAUGAAUAAUGUCUCUAUGCGCUUCCAAAAGACUUGGAUAUUGUUACCCCAGCUGUAGCUUGGCAGCCGUAAUUACUAAGAUUACAUGCAGCGCACACGCAUUUCAAGGAAUAAAUUCCUGCCAGGUACCCAUUCACCUCACCUGGGUUGAGUGCAGCACAAUGUGGAUAAAUUUCCUGCCGAAGGAAAUUACGCCAUGGCUGGGAUUCGAACCCACGACCCUCUGUUUCACAGUCCGGAGACUAAUCCACUGGGCCACAACGCUCCAACAAUUGAUUAGUAUUAUUAUUAUUAUGGAUCAAUAUGAUUGCCUCGAUCACAUGUGUAUUACACCCAUUACAACAGUGUAGGAAUAGAUACGCUUGGUCACUGUAGGAGAAAAUAUUUUAACAGCAAACCAUGCUUGCCAGUCUCAUGGGGGUCUAAGUGUAUAAUUGCAUACAUGACACCGUAUUACAACACACUACGUUUUAACGACGGAAACAACUUUUAAAGGGAUAGUACUUGAGCGAGAAAAAAUAGUGAGCUUUCAAAUUAUUUUCAUGAAAUUAAGCAUGUUUAGGGGUCAUUUCAUUAAAUAAAAAAAUCUUUGAUUUCUCUUUCAUUUGACGAAUAGCAUUUUAAAGAUUUUUCUCAUUUAUUUUGACACUUCUGCCGAACUUUGUACUCACAGCCAUGACAACCUCAACUAAAGGUCCUACAAUUGCUAUUUGAAAAAAAGAAAGGAUUUUUGUCUUGUUUCGUAGUUUUGAUUGACACAAAAAUCAGAUGAACUAUUAAUUGAUCUUUAAAAUAUACCCCAAAGAAUAUUGACAGAAAAAACAUUAAUUUUCAUAGGUCAACCAACAUUAACCUCAUGGCGAUAUUCUCAGAGCGAAUGCACAGAGCGAGAAAUUAAGCCUAUCAGGACUGGUUAUCGAACAGACCUCGAGACCCUUUUACUUGUAAAUUCCUACCUAUUAUGCAUAGCUUUCUAUGUCAGAAUUUAUGCUCUCUUCUUCAGGGCCAUCUAUGAUUGCUGGCGUUUGCGUACAGAUGGAUGGGGGUGAAAAGGGUGAAAUAUUGUAAAGAUAUGAAAGAUUGUAAAGAAGAAAAAACAAUUGUAUUGAAAAAUACAAAAUAAAAAAUACUACAUUUUGUACUAAAUAUACAAAAUUUUUGCUCGCUCGCAGGUUUAAAAAUAUUUUUGUUUUGUAUGCCGUGUCUGCCCCCUCAAAAUGUAUGCCUCAUUACGGUACUGAUUGCAAAUAUCAUGACUUUAUGAGGUCCGUGAUCAUAUCAUUUCUGUUUGACGUUAUUCCGGAAAUCCCCAUUUCUUUGAUUUAACGUAAAACCAUGGAAACUGCGGGUAAAAGGUUCCUUGCCCUUACUGUCAAUGCCUAAUUACCUUAUUUGUUUACAUGUUAUAUAACUUCUGAACAUGAACAUUGGUCGAAUGUACUGUAUAUAUCGCUCAAUACACGUCAUACCUCUUGUACCAUUUCCGCACAUCUUUUAAUGAGUCCCAAAGUAAUUGACCUGAAAAAGGUAACAUGAUGUUCGGGAGCUAAGACCAAUAAUGAUACCAAGAAGAUACGAACUGUUAUCUCGUCUAGUUCUCACAUUUUAAUUCUAUACAUAUUCAGGUUGCGUAUAAUAAAUUUACUUAAACAUGUGUGUUUGUGAAUUACAAUUUUAUUAAAUAGGACACAAUAUUCAUCACUGCUUCCAGUUUUUCUUAGGUCGUAUUUUAGGAGGGGGGUUAUUUUGUUGGUUCUUUCUGUAUUAAACAACUGGAAUGAAUUCAGACAUCCUCUGUCUUUAGUGUCUGCAGAUGAUUAUUUUUACGCAAGAAAUUAUUAUCUCGUAUUACUUGUGCAAUGAAAAUGGUUUUGUGGUAUGGCUAAAAAUCUGAAAAUGUCUUUAAUGUAACCAACCUACAUUUAGGUCAGUGGCGGAUUCAGGGGGGGGGCACAGCCGGACCGUGUCCCCUCCCCUUUGAGAGCCAUAAUUUGUAAUGUAAGCAUACAAUUUUUACUCAAGUGUGCCCUCCCCCACAUUUGAAAGUGAAGGCCUUUAUUUUUUUCUUUUGCGUGUAAAAUUUUCCGUAGACGAUAUGACCUUCGAGUUUAGGUGAAAAUUUUUUUUUCUUCUUGCGUUUUUGGGAAUAUGUGCCAUACCCUUUUGGAAAAUCCUGGAUCCGCCCCUGAUUUAGGUAAUUUCAAGUUUGGUGUUGACCGUUCCGUGUUUGUUUUGAGCCGUCUUUUUUUUAUUAGCGUAGCACCGCACUUAAAAUAAAGUGGGUUCUGGAACGAAUUUCACCAGAUGUUGAGCUAUAUCAACUGAGUUUAAUUAGAUAAUAUUUCCAACCCAUAGCCUAUAAGGUGUAUUCUCUAAGUGCAAAAUAGCCAAUCUGAUCCUUAAUCAAAUUCAUCUCGGAGUGAGACGAUCUACCUCCUUGGAUUGGGAUUUGCAUCUCUUUGAGAGUGGAUGUUACCUCCUUUUGGAGUGACAAUGUCUAUAAAGAUGCACAGUUCACCCCGAAGGAAUUGUAAUGCACUCUCUAAGGAUGAUACAGUUCACUUCAAUGGGAAUCACUCAAAGGGACCCGUGCAGGGGAGAUCAAGAUUUAUAGGGACUACAUUGGCUCUUUUGCAUGUCGAGAGAUUUACUCAUUUGCAUGUAGGGAUAUUCUUUGACAUAUGGGGAAAAGCACAACAACAGCGACACGAUCAUCAAACUGGGAUGUGCGUUGCCUUCGCCCAGUUUGUGGUAACUAUUGUCGGAUAUCAUUGAUAUCUUGAAUUCAAUUCAAUGAUUUUAACCCGUUCAAUGACUCUUAGAUAUCAUACAAUGACGAUACAGGUGACAUGAAGGCCUGUAUACUAAUAUUCGCAUAUUCACAUGCAUACAGAUCAACAUUACACGUACAAGAAGAAUUAUUGUACCAAACAUGAAACUGAAACGGAAGAAGGGUCCUUAAGAACUUGUAACGCAAACUCUGUUCAAAAUAUGAAACGCUGCAGAGAUCUAAUGGGUUGUGAUGAAUCCUUACUUUUAAGAAUGGAUGUAUCGAAGGUCUUCUGAAAGAAAUGUACGCAGUAGAAUAUAAUGAUGGAUGGAAGAUGAUAGCCUAACUUAAAGACCUCGAUGAUUCUUCUGAGGAGGGGCCUUGGUGUGAGAAAAUACUUCGUAAGAUAUAACAGUAAAAUAUGUUAAUGAAAAACUAUGGAACUGCACGCAAUACAUGGAGUGCGUCACAUAGCAUGCAUAUUAUUAAUUAAUUAAUUAUAAAGGAAGAAUAAACUCACAGCAGAGGGAUCAAAAGCAUCCUGUUUAGAGGGUAACAGCUAGACACAGAAACUAGGAACAGUCAGACGAAAACACAGACAGAUGACGUAACAAUUUAAGAAAAAUCUGGCAUGUCGUGUCGGGUGCUUCUGAUACUCGUAUACAUGGCGAUAUCCAUUUUUCAGAUUCAAGGGGAAAGUUCACCCUGCGAGAUAAGUUGGUUUUAAGAAAAGCAGAAAAUUUUACAGAAAUCUGAGUCGUCAUUUUAUGUAAGGAGCUUUUCCAUAUGCCAUUUAAAUAAUUUUUUUAAAUUAAUGGUUUAUGAUGAAUUUAAAUAGUUUUCUUACAAGAGGGAAUAAGAUAUGAUGUGUCUGAUAAAAUCGAUCCUCUUAUUUUCAGAAACUGGCACUUUAGGAAAUUAAUAUCACACAUGUGGAGGGGCUGCUCGUCUGUGGCGUCAUAAAAUCCAAAAUUUAAAAGUCCAUAAAUCCCUAUUUGAUUGACGGGUGUUUAUUAAACCUUCCCAAACAUUUUUCUAAAUUUUUCAGGUUUUUAUAAAAAAACGUCUUAUCAGGGUGAACUUCCCCUUGACGUCUUUUGUAAGAACGUGAAAGUUUUAUUUUUUUACACGUAUGUUUAAAUCAGUAUUCAACAAGUAAUUAUGCCAGUGACAUUUUACAAUGUGUUGUUUUACCAAAGAUGUAUUACCGUGGUUUUGUCAUAAUGUCGUGUGAUUUGUGAGCCAGUGUGUUUUAUGGAAUAUAUCUUGUAUAUUAUGUGUAUUUCAAGAUUUUAAAGAUAUGUAAUGAUAAUUAUUAUGACGCAUUAGACAUGUGGUGUGAUGUAACAAUGAUCUUUACAUGGCAAGAAUUUCCAUGGCAAGAAUGUGUUUAUAAGCAUAUAUUAAAUGAUUUUCUAUGAUAUGAAAGUGAA